GAUCGCUGGCUGUGCCGGCGGAGGUUUCGCAUUCAACUGUGCGCGCAGCCUUCCCUGGGCUUAAACAGCAAGGAGCGGGGACUCGCUCGUCGCUCUCGAUGCUCGACCUUCCCCGCACAAGUCCAACACCUGUGGCAUCUGUCAGGAGGUGUUGAAGCGCCACGAGUAUUCAGGAAGGAUUUUGUCACGUCGGAACACUUAAAUUUUCACUACUCUAAAAUAAAGCUAUGAAGGCUAUAAUAUCACUGACUCAAACCCUGGGCACUUUACUACUCUGGAAUAUUAUUAACCUGUGGAAUGUGGGGGCUAAAGUGAAUAUCCCCAGACUCAAGCUCUCUUAUAACGACCUCCUGACUGCCAAUAGAUCUGUUAUCUUCUUUGGUCACCGUGGUUUCCUGGAUUUCCGUUCAAUGUUCCUUGAUGAGUACCGUGACCAACUGUUCAUUGGAGCUAAGGAUGCUUUGUACUCCCUUCAACUUGACCAGCCAGCUAUCGAUGCCAAAGAGAUUUACUGGCCUGCCCUACCCGGUCAAGAGGAGGAAUGUGCCCUCAAGGGAAAAGAUCCAUUUAGUGACUGUGCCAACUAUGUGCGGGUCCUGCACCCAUUCAAUCGGUCCCACCUGCUGGCCUGCGGGACAGGUGCAUUCGAGCCACUGUGCGUCUUGGUAUACGUGGGCCACAGAGGGGAGCGCACCUUCAGGAUGGAGAUGAACAGUGUGGAAAAUGGGCGGGGGAAAUGUCCAUACGACCCCAACCGACCUUUUGCAAGCACCUUCAUUGGCGGUGAGCUGUACUCAGGCCUGACUGCUGACUUCCUAGGGAGGGACUCGGUGAUCUUCCGAAGUCUGGGGUCCCGUUCCGCCAUGAGGACUGAGCUUGACCAGCGAUUGUUGCAAGACCCCAAGUUCGUGGCAGCUCACCUCAUCCCUGACAACGUCGACCGUGACAAUGACAAGGUUUAUUUCUUCUUCACGGAGAAGGCAAUGGAGUCGGAGGGCAAAGUGCGGGCCAUAUACAGUCGGAUUGGACGCGUCUGUGCAAAUGAUGCUGGAGGUCAGAGAGCACUAGUAAACAAAUGGAGCACAUUCAUCAAAGCAAGGCUGAUCUGCUCCGUGCCGGGUCCCGAUGGUAUAGACACUCACUUUGACGAGCUUGAGGAUGUCUUUCUACUGAGGACCAAGGAUGAGAAGAAUCCAGAAAUCUAUGCUAUCUUUAGCACAAUAAGCAAUGUAUUCCAAGGCUAUGCUGUUUGCGUGUAUCGUAUGGCCGACAUCCGAGAGGUCUUCAAUGGACCGUACGCACAUAGAGAAGGACCUGACUAUCAAUGGACGGCUUUUGAGGGCAAGGUGCCUUAUCCAAGACCUGGGUCUUGCCCCAGUAAGAUCACCACCCAGCCCAGUCGCCGAUACACCAGCACCAAGGACUACCCAGAUGAUGUCCUGCAUUUCGCCCGCAGUCACCCACUGAUGUUCCAUUCUGUGCACCCGAUUAACCAGCACCCUGUGCUCAUCAAAACCAACGUCCAGUACAAGAUGACCCAGAUCGUCGUGGAUCGGGUGGAGGCAGAAGAUGGGCAGUAUGAUGUCAUGUUCAUUGGGACUGAUACUGGAAUGGUAUUGAAGACAAUUGCACUGCGGAAGGGGAAUGCUGUGCAGAGUGAGGAGGUGAUUCUUGAGGAGCUCCAGGUGUUUAAGAUUUCGAAUCCCAUCACAUCAAUGGAGAUCUCUGUGAAACGGCAACAGCUGUAUGUCGCCUCAAGAAUGGGGGUGGCCCAGGUGAAGCUCCAUCAGUGCGAGACGUACGGUAGUGCCUGUGCUGAGUGCUGCCUGGCCAGGGACCCUUACUGUGCGUGGGACGGGAGCUCGUGUACCAGAUACCAGCCCGCUGCCAAGAGACGCUUCCGAAGACAAGAUAUCUGGAAUGGUAACCCCAUUCACCAGUGCCUGGACCAGAAUUUAAGUGUGGACGAGUUUAACAGUGUGGAGGAGAGGGUGGUUUAUGGGACCGAACACAACAGUACCUUUCUUGAAUGUAUUCCAAAAUCUCUUCAGGCCACUGUCAAAUGGUUCAUACAACGAGCUGUGGAUCAGAAGAGGGAUGAGGUGAAAACGGAUGAAAGGAUAAUCAAGACGGAGCACGGCCUCUUGUUCAGGAAGAUUUAUCGAAUGGACGAAGGGACCUAUUACUGUCAGACAAUGGAGCAUGGCUUCACCCAGACAGUGACCAAAAUCUCUCUGGAGGUGCUUGAGAGUGAGCAGCUGGAGGAAAUCUUCAACCGGGAUGAUGAGGAGAGGACCAACCGCCCCUGCGUGGCCCAGCCCCGUCGGCUGCACAGCCAGAAGCCUUGGUUCAAGGACAUCAUGCAGCUGAUCGGUUACUCAAACCUGCACCGGGUGGAGGAGUACUGUGAGCGGGUAUGGUGCAACGACAAACAGCGGAAGAAGCGCAAGAAUGUCGAGCAAGUGGAAGUUCAUGGCGGAAGGCGGGAAGAAGGGGAAGAGCAAACCCCGCAACAGAAUGCCCCGGCAGGUGGCUGGCACAUAGAGCCGGCCGACCCCUGCUCCCGUUGUACACGAAGGACAGAUCUCCAGAGGCCGGACAAAACCUUCACGGAGCAGUGAAGUAACUGUGCAUAAGAAACAUUUCUCAGCUGAGGCUGUGAACCCCAUCACUCUCUAUGUCAGGAGAGGAACCAAAGAUCACCAAAGUCCUUUGCAUCCAAGUCCAGCCACCCCUCCACCAGACAAUCUGAUCAGUUAUGAUGCCAUAUUAUUUUUGAAUCCACUGCACCGUAUAAUAUUGAUCUCAUUUGUUUAUUAGGUUAAAAUGUUACAUUAAGCUCUGUCUAUUUAUGUAUGUUAUUUAAUAAUUCAUUAGAAUUACUAGAAGUUCAAUGGUGGAACAGAGGAAUCCAUCCACUAUAUUUGAAGAACAAAGUUACAGAGCAAGAUCUGAAAACCUUUAGUGGAGCAGAGCCCAACUGGUUCAAUACUUGGUACAUGUCAGUGCCAAGCAUUUGAUAACUUCAUUUGAAGGAACAUGUUAGAUUGGGAGUGGCUGGGUAUUCCUGACUUUGUUGUCAUUGAUCAAAGUGUGCACAAUACUGUUUUGGGGGCAACUGGAUACCCUACUUUUCUGGGCAAGAUUCGAUUCUUUUUCAUUGCUUCGACAUUUUAAUAACCAACGUGGAAAAUAUGGCCUGAUGUUGGAGGAGAAGGUCCCUUAUCACUAGAUCUUCAGCAGUCAAAAUUUUAGGUUUGGUGAGGAGACUGAGAUAAUACCACUGAUUCAUAGAAAAUUGCUUUGCAGAUCAAACUCAAAGCAGGAGUCCUAGAACUACAGCAGAAGAGUAUAUUCCAUAGGCUGUAUUCCAAUAGGUAUACUCCAACAUGUAUACAUCAUGGCAAUACGCUGAAGAAUAUACUCCAAUGGGUACAUUCUAAAAGAUUUACUUCAAAGGGUAUAAUUCAAAGAUAUACUCUGAAAGGUAUACUUCAAGGAAUAUUUUCUACUGGAUAUAUUGUAAUGGAUAUAUUCUAGCUGGUAUGAUGCAAUCGGUGUACUCUAAUGGGUACAUUCUGAUGGAUAUAUUUUAAAGGAUACAUUACAAUAGGUAUUUCUAAAGGGUAUAUUCUAUCAAGUAUAUUCUAAAGUAUAUACUCUGAUGGAUACACUCUGAUAGUUCCACUGGAUAUAUUCCAGUUGCUUUUACAAGGUUCUAUUGUGUCUGUCACAGUUCAGUCAUUUCCUUUUGCCUGAAUGUGAUUCAUUUUCGUGCUGUUUAAUUAAAACCAGACUUAAAGGAAAACAAGUUGUGAUUUAUGUUGUAAAUAGAAGGCCUGGAAUUUAUCAGAAAUCCCUUCAGUUAUUUCCAUAAACUGUAGAAAAAAAUGCUCAGCAGGAGGUCUUAUCCGUGGCAGAAUAAAUUUACCUCUGGAUUUUGCAACAAAAAAAUUUUUAUACUCUUGUGCUUGGUCCUUAACAAUAUUGGAUAAACAUGCUACCAAUUCUUGAAUGAAGGCCUCAUUAUGUGCUAGAGUCCAAAUAGAAUAAACUGGCCCCACUGUUUGCAAUGGAUUGUACGGGGACAGGAAAACAAAUCACGCAAUGAGUUGUUCUGAUAUGGACUACGUCGUUGAAAGGGUAAAGGAGCAGAUUCUUUGAUAACUUUCAAAAGGGAAUUGGACAGGUACUUGAAGGGAGAAAUAUUCCAAGUCUAUGGGGAAAGAGUAGAGGACGGGAGCUAAGUGGACUACUAAAGAGUAGGUGGAGGUGUCAUUGCUCAAAUAGGCCCCAGCACUGCUGUUUCAUUCCCUGAUUCCUUAUAUUAAAAGAAAUGUGUAUCAAGCAGUGCUUUCAAGCCCAGAAUAUCUAAAGCUGUAGUAUUGCUAUAAAAAUCCAACUUACCCUCAUCAAGGAAGGAGGCCUAUCACCCCCUAAGCAGUCUGCCCAAUAGGUGACUACUUCUAACACCAUGUGAUCAACUCUCACUGCCCUCUGAUUGGCUAACACAUGUUGAUUCUGCACACCCACCCCCCACCCUGUGUCACCAACAACCCAGAAUAAAAAUUAAAGGAUAAGAAAUCCGAUGGAGUUGCUUGUCUGUGGCUUUCCUGUGGAACAGAAUGUCAUUGGUUCAGAUCUUACUCCAGGGACUUGACCACAAAAGUCUCGGCUGAUGUUCCAGUACAGUCCUGUGAGAGUGAUGGUCUGAGGUGUGGUCUUUCUGUUAAACCGAGGACUCACCAUCUCUUCUGGUAAUAGAUACCUGAGCACUGAGACCAGCAGAUGUAACAGAUAUCCUAGCACUAGGACCAGUAGAUGUAAUAGAUAUCCAAAGUGUACAAGAUGGUAAGAGGCGUAGAUCGAGUGGACAGUCAGAGACUUUUUCCCAGUGUGGACAUAGCUAACAUGAGGGGACAUAACUUUAAGGUGAUUGGAGGAAGAUAUAAGGGGGAUGUCAGGGGUAAGUUUUUUUACACAGAGAGUGGUGGGUGCCUGCAGAGGUUGUGGGGCAGAUACAUUAGGGGCAUUUAAGAGACUCUUAGAUAGACACAAGAAUGACAGAAAAAUAGGGGGCUAUGUGGGAGGGAAGGGUUAGAUAGAUCUUAGAUCAGGAUAAAAUGUUGGCACAACAUCGUGGGCUGAAGGUCCUGUACUGUGCUGUAGUGUUCUAUGUUCUAUGUUCUAAGUACUAAGACCAGAUGAUGUAAUACAUAUCCUAGAACGUCCACUAGAUGUAAUAAAUAUCCUAGCCUAACCCACCCCUCCAACCAUGUGUCUCACAUCUCCAGCAUUCACAUUUUGUUUCUUUUCUUCCUCUGGUAACUGGAGAUUUCCUCGGGCUGCUCCUUUUUACCACUCUCCCUCUGUUUACACCCUAGCCUUCACCACCAUUCCUCAGCUACAACCCUGGGCCCUUCACUUUUCAAAGGCCACCAAUCUGAGACGCAAACAUUUUUAUUUACUUCUUUAGUGCAGGCCAACCUUGUCCUUUACAAUGUAAAGCACAACUUGUUUUCUAUUUUUAUUUCAGAUUUGCAAGAUCUGUAGUAUUUUGCUUCUGGGUUACUGUCUUUUCAUGAUUGGACGGUUUCUGGGAGAGGAAUGUAAUUGGGUGUCUGUAACCACAUGACCCUGAAAGAACCAGGACUUAGAAAAGCAAUUUGUGACCUUUUUAAUGAUGGUCAACACAACUUUUCAGUAAAAUGCUGUACAAACAUAUUGAACAUUCACAUGUUAGUAUCACUGAAAAUGACCUUUGAUGUAUUCCUAUAAUAGGCACAAGAACACACAGGGAAUGGAGGGAGAUAGAUCACAUGCAGGUGGAUAGGUUUAGUUUAAUUUGGCAUCAUGGUCGGCACAGAUAUGGUGGGCUGAAGGGCCUCUUCUUGAGUUGUAUUGUUCUAUGUUCAAUGUUUGUCAGUGAUUCCAAGGCCUUUCUAUCUCCAUCUCCUGACCUAAACGUAUAUUGAAAAAAAGGGAUUUUGAUGUUGUAAAGCUUGUGAAAAAAAUGAAAGUCUUCAAAUAAUUUGCAAGGGAUUCUUUGGGUAACCAUGCGCCGUAACUGAAAUCAUUUAAAUUUUGGUUACUCUUUUCUGACUGAUACUUAACUGGGUGCAACAGUGGUGCAGUUCAUAUAACUUCUGCCUCACACUGCCACAGACCCGUGUUCAAUCCUGACCUUUGUCUGUGUGGAGUUUGCACGUUCUCCCUAUGACUACAUGUGUUUCCUCCAGGUGCUCCAGUUUCCUCCCAAAGACAUGCGGGUUGAUAGGUUAAUUGGCCACUGUAAAUUGCUCCCAGUAUCUACAUGAGAGAUAGAAAUGCUUUCUUGGUCUCUCCUACAAUCCAAUGAAGUUUGCAGUUGUCUGCAUUGCCCCUGGGCAGGACUGGUUCUGAUGUGAUUCUAUGUGUAUGUGAGUAGCCUGCAGAGAUUUAUAUACCAGGGACUGACUGCUUGAUUGGCAUACAGAAGGCAGGGUUGCCACUCCUUGGGACUCAUCUAGGGUCUUCAGGAGAUGCAGAACAAUCUACUGGAGACAGCCCCCUAGAGAAGAUUCAUCAGGUUAUUAAAGUGUUCAUUAUUGAGGUAGGGAAAAGAAUUUUUUGAUUAAGAGCCAAAGUUCAUCUAAUUGGGUGGUGAAUAGUCCAAUCAUAUUCCAAUUGGCCACAUUGACUGACCAAUGACAGAAAUGUAAGGCGGGGCAGUUGGAGACCCAACACGUGCUCCUGGAAAGCAACCAGCAUUGACAACCCCAUUGGACAGGCCUUGGAAGUCAUUGGUUUGUCCACAGGAAGAGAAAAUAAUUAGGAAAAUAAUGUGGGCUGAGCAAAGCAAAAAAAAAAUAUAAUUACUGCCUUAUUUUUUCAUUGUGGAUACCAUCACUUAACAACAUUGAUAUCAUUUUCCUCAUCAAUGACGAUUGCUUCAUAGAGAUUUGCGUCCAGUUGUGAUUUGUAAGAUAAUGUAUAUAUUUACUUUUAAGUAUUUUGUACAGGAUUAGCUAUUACAAUUCAUGUUUUCUCCUGAUUUGAUUUAUGUUUCCAGUCAUAAACUGCCUCAAAGCUUGGAGUUUGAAUGUGACAAUGGGUCAAUGUGAUUUUCAUUUUCUUUUUUUAAUUGAAAGAAUUACUAAGUAUUUAUGGUUACAGACGCAAAGCUGCCGAGGUUCCUUGAUCCACUGAUUUAAUAACUGAAUCAUCCCAAGCUUGAAGGGUGAAGGAUCUGUCAAAAAGUCUUAAGCAACUAAGAAUUAGCCCCAACUGAGAGCAGUUUCAUUGUCACAACCCACUGGGUCUUUUGGAAGGGGAAGUUUAUUUUAAAACACUCAGAUUCUGAUCCUUUUACACCCCACCCCAGACACGAAGGAAAGGAAGCUGUGCUGUGGAUGUUUAAAGGAGCAAAUAUUUCUCCAUUAGGCUGUAAAUCUUCUUUAACUUAAAUUUAAUGAUCAUUGACACUCUGCAGCUUUAAUUAUUUUAAGUGGAAGUGUGUUAAAAUGAACACUGUAU